AUGCUAGAAGACAGCCAAAUCAGCAGCAAGGCAAGCAGACCUCGCGUCUACCUUGGCCACCGCUCCUCCCCUCCUCCCAGUAGCGGUAGUGGCUCUUCUAGUCCUCCCAGCAGCAGCGCCUCCAGUUCGUCUCAUGGCUCCUCCUCCUCCUACUUUCCCAACGAGAAGACCUCCUUCCUAUCACCCACCGCACCGCCGUUCAUAGACGACGACUGCCUGGUCAUCACGCGCGACCCGGAGCCCGACGCGAUCCACCACUUGCCCUGGCAGCGCUUCGUCGCACGCCUCUUCUUCGUCACCGGCGCCGUCCCCUGCUUCCUGGCCAUUUGGGCCUCGUACAUCCAAGCCCAGACCCUCGCCUUCUCCCCCAUAGCCGAGAGCCUGCCGUUGCUCCACCGCUGGUUGGCGUGGCUCAUGCUUGCGCUGGAUUUCGUCACCAACAUCGACUCCCUCCUAGCGGUCCUCGUCAAAGCCAGCACGUCGCUAGCCCGAUGGCGUCCCCGCCUCCUUCUCCUCGGCGACAACGGGGCCGGCGCCGUGCCCUUUGUCGACGUGCUCAUCCCCGUCUGCAACGAGCGGCUCGACAUAAUCCAGGACACGGUCCGCGCCGCGCUCCGCGUGGAUUACCCGCCGCGCCGGUUCCGUGUGGUCGUGUCGGACGACGGUGCCUCGGCCGAGUUGAGGGCUUGGGUCGAGUCGCUGUCGCAGGGGCAGGGGCAGCCUGAGAACAUGAAUUAUCCGAAGUUGUAUUAUACAUCCCGCGUGAAGCAGGGGACCCGGACCGCGGGGUAUAAAGCGGGCAAUCUGAACCAUGCUUUGGAGGUUGUCAGGCGGCUGCCUGGGGGCGCAGCGGAUUAUGUCGCGGGCUUGGAUGCGGAUAUGGUGCCCGAGAGGAAAUGGCUACGGUCGGUGGCGGCGCAUAUCGUCAGGGAUGAUAUGCUGGGCUUGGUGUGUCCGGCGCAGUUGAUGUACAACACGCCGCACAACGAUCCGUUGUAUCAGACGAGCGCGAUGAACUGGUAUUGUAUGGACAUUGUGAGGGAUUUGGGCGGGUGUGGGUGGAAUCUGGGGUCGGGCUGGAUUGUGAGGAGGGAGGCGGUCGAGGAUAUUGGCGGGUUCCCGACAGAUUGUUUGAUCGAGGAUGUGUGCAGCUCCAUGAUGAUGCAGGCCUGUGGUUGGAGGACCAUGUAUAUCCCGCAGGGGUUGCAGUAUGGGUUGGUGCCCGAGACGUAUUUGGGGCAUGUUAAGCAGUUUACGAGAUGGGUGAGUACCUACCUACUACUUAUACCCCUUACCCCGUUUCCUGGAACAAGUUGA